AUGUGGCCACUGACUGCUGUGAUUUAUUUUCUCUGUUGUUCCGGUUUUUGCUGUCAUGGAUGUAAUCUGACGAAGCCGUAUUUUCAGUCCAGUAAUUUCUACAAUGUUCUCCGAUGGGAUGAUGUUGAGAUUCCAGGUCAAGGUGAUCUCUACAGUGUCCAAUAUCACAUUUAUGGAGAAGCGUAUGAACCGGUGACAUGGUGCCAGAACAUCUCUGAUUCUCGAUGUGACCUCACGAAUGUGACGACUGAUGUGGACUCGAGAUAUUUUGCCAAGAUUACGGCCAGUGGACGGUGUCUGGGCGAGGUUACAUUCUCUCCGCUUAAGCAAACCACUUUAGAAGCUCCACAGUUGUCCGUGUUGAGGAACAACACCUCCCUGACAGUGAAGGUUACACCGCCGAUGGGUCCUCACAAUCGCCCCAUUGAGAUGAUCAGCUGCUGGGGAACCUGCAAAGAUUUAGGAACACAGUCCAUUAAGUAUAAAGUUCAUCUGACGCAUCCUAAGUCUGUAGCUGGAAUGGUAUUUGAGGGCACGUCUGACUCAGUGGUUAUAUGGCUUGUAGAAACGGACAAGCAGUAUUGUGGGGAUGUUGUAUAUUCACUCACACUUCCCUUUUCGCCUCGACAGAGUGAGAAAGCCUCCUUUUGUGUGAAUGUCUCGGCACGUCAGUCGUGGUUUCUCAUAUUUCUACUUCCUGGUCUGGUGGCUCUUGUCCUGCUGAUUAUCAUUCCCAUAGUGCUCUACCAGCAAUCUGUGAGAAGAACGUGUUCCUUGCCGAAAGCGUUGAUGCUGCCAAGGACCAAUACUCUUCCACUUUGGGACAAUACCACCUGGGACGACAUAUCCAAAGUGCAGGUGGAGUCGGGAUUUAGUGACAUCUGCCAAAAGCUUUCACAGGUCUCUUUUGCCCAGGAGCGGUACGAGGAUAUUGGUUAUGCAUCUCAAGACUCCCAUGACCCCGAGUGGAAGCGUGACUCGGCGGGCAGUCAACAGGGAACGGCAGGCGACGGCUCAGAGCCGUCUGUCAGCUACAGCAUGGCCGUGGGUUGUCCAGAUGAUCCAUCAACUGAGGACAGGACUGACGAGACCAGCUUUGAAUUAUCUGGACUGCAGUCGGUUUUGGUCGAAGGGACCAAUGUUCCUGCGAACAAAGAGUUUGCAGACUCUGAUACCAACUGCAAACCUUUGGUGGUGCCGGUUAUAACUGGUUCCAGUGGUGCAUUGCAGCUUCCUGAAUUUGUCUUCCAGAGUUCUCCGUUACUAGCUCUUGGAGAAAGGACACCUUUACUAACGGAUCUACUAAUACAGGACUCGAGGUGUAAUGUUGAUUACCUGCCUGUACAUGUUUCAAAGAUGUCCGGUGGCCUUUCCCUGAGUUUCUCAGGUGAGACGUCAAACUACAGGGAGAACUGUCUGCCAGGUAUGUCUUUGGAGAGACAACAAGACCAGAGGACGUAUAUUUUACAGACUGAUCACCCUCAGGUCUCGACUGUACCGGAAGAGGAGAACAUCGCAGUUGGUGGUUUGGUCUUUCUGGACCGAUGGAUUCUGCAAAUGCAAGGAUGA